AUGGCACUGUUCGCUGGCGUUGGCUACGAGGGUGACCGUGGGAAGUCCGGGAAGGUACCUAGUCAUCUGGAAGUACGCAAGCAGCAACAGCAAAGGAUACAGUACGGAACACCUCCUUUAAAGUCUCAUUAUAAUUAUAAAAAAGGGCUCUGGCUUCAUGAGUUUCCAUUAACCUGCCCGCUCGGCGAAGUGAGUGGGCCGUUGCCAAGGCACCCGUCUAAUGCAUCAAUCUGGCAAGGAGCCAUUGAGAUUGCAGAACCCUUUCCGGUGUGA